AUGCCCGACGACGAGAAAGAAUUAGCCCAUAUUCGUAAUAUCGGUAUCAUGGCCCACAUUGAUGCUGGAAAAACUACUACUACUGAACGAAUGCUUCACAAGAGUGGAGAAAAACAUAAAGUUGGCGAUGUUGAUACUGGAGACACUACUACCGACUAUGACUCACAAGAAAGAGAACGAGGAAUAACCAUUUACUCAGCGGCCGUUACUAUCACUUGGCAAAGCCCGGACAACCCCCAAGUUCACCAAAUUAAUAUCAUUGAUACUCCGGGCCACGUGGACUUCACGGCCGAAGUAGAAAGGUCGUUGCGAGUUUUAGAUGGAGGAAUAGUAGUGCUGGACGGCAAAAAGGGGAUGGAUGGGGUGGAUAAUGAAGAAAAAUUUACUGAUUGUCUCAAAAGCCUGCGAGACAAAUUACGGGCAAAAACAUUAGUAGUGCAAUUUCCCAUUGGAGCCGGCAAAGAAUUAAAAGGGAUAGUGGACGUGGUAAAACAAAAAGCCUAUUAUUUUCAACUAGGCGACCAGGCCGAAAAUUACCACGCCGAGGAAAUUCCCACUAAUUUGAUAGCCAGGACGCAACAAUAUCGGCAGGAAUUAAUUGAGAAGUUGGUUGAAGGAGAAAUGGAAAGGAUAAGCCAAGACUGUACUAAAAAGAUUAAAAAAAUCAAUGAGGAAGCAGACCAGAAAAUCAAAGAAGCAAAAA